UUCGCCACAGAGUCCCGGUUUCUCACUUCGCAGUCUGAGCCCCUCUGAGCCUCAGAACGGGGCAGACUUCGAAUCUGCACCUUGGAAUCGCACUGGACGUGGAAAAGGCUCUCGGCAGGGUCAGUCUUCCCAGAGCUCUGGACGGAUGUGCUGUGGAAUCUGCAGCGGGGAAUCCAGGGGCGUGGGGGACCCGGCAGCUUUGAAGGUCCUGCCGCGGUGCGUGGCGGGUCUCCACCCGCUGCUCCGAAUACAAACGGUCGGCGCGACAAGCGCGCCCGGGCACCGGCGUCCGGCCGCAGAGACUCGUUCUUGGAGGCUGGGCUCCCGGGGCUCUCGCACUGCAUAUGCUACCGCCUCCUCUGCCCGUUGUGCGGGGCCGGAGGCCUUCGGAGCCCGUUCUCUGCUCGGCCGCUGCUGGUGACUUCAUUUUAGAGGAGCUGCAUUCCCAGAGGAUUCAAUACUCAAGUUUGGUAAAGGGAGAUACAGCAGCCUCUCUGCCCAUCAUCAGCUAUUCCCUUACCUCCUAUUCACCUUAUGUAGCAGAACUUCUGGUGGACUCCAAUUUAGAGCUCAUAGCAAAGAAUGACUUGCGCUUCAUAGAUACCGUCUAUAAGCUUCUUCGUGAUCAAUUUAAUUAUAAACCAAUCUUGACGAAAAAGCAGUUUCUCCAGUGUGGAUUUGCAGAAUGGAAAAUCCAAAUUAUAUGUGAUAUUUUGAAUUGUGUGAUGAAAAAGCACAAGGAGUUGAGUGGUCUUGAGAAGACUCCAUCACAACAAAGAAAAAAAGUCAGUUCUGCUAAGUCAGAACCUUGUUCAAGCGGUGAGAAGAUAUCUGCUGAACCUGUGGGCAUUGAUGUCACUGGCAGGUUUAUGACUUCAGGAAAGAAGAAAGCUGUGGUGAUCCGGCACCUGUACAAUGAAGAUGGUGCUAACAUUCCUGAAGAUACAGUAACAGCUGUCAAUGAAGCAUUUGAUGUUCGUGACUUAAAGGCUGCUGAAGUAAAGAUUCCUGAAUUACAGGUUCCUGAAAUUAAGUGUGAGCAGCAAGAUACGGAAGUCAACCCUGAGAUUAUUGCACUACAGACUAUGCUUGCUGAAUGCCAAGAAAAGCUUAAGAGACUGACUUGCAUGGAGAGCAGAUUAGAAUCUUUGGAAGAAAAGAUGAAAGGGAAAGUGAUGGUGAAUGAAAAAACCUGGGCUAAUCUCCUAAGUCGUGUCACUCUUCUUGAAACAGAAAUGCUUUUAUCUAGAAAGAAUGAUGAAUAUGUAGAGUUUAAUGAGAUGGAUGGAGACUGUGCCUCUAGUAGCAACAUGGAUAGUCUCAAUCCGGAUAGAAAAAGCAAGGAGGAAAGGCAAGCAAAUAUUCCUUUGUCCUCUGGCUAUAGUACGGUAUCAUCAGAUUCAACUCCCAGAACCUCAACUGUUAAUUACUGUGGUUUGAAAGAGAUUUCAGAGGAAACAACAAUCCAGAAAAUGGAAAGGAUGAAAAAAAUGUUUGAAGAAACUGCAGAGUUAUUGAAAUGUCCAAAUCACUAAUUAUAGAAUUUUCUGCAUGAACUUCUCUAGGACUUUGGCUCCUGUACAUGUUGUAUAUUUUAAAGAGUUCUCUAUGCAAGUUUAAUAUACUGUAAUAUUUUUGUUAGAAUUUGAAUCCGAUUUGGUAUAUUAGCUUUUUCAUCCAAUAUUCAAUAAAUACUUAAAUAUUUUUGCACUAUGAUUAUAUUGCUUUACUGUUUUACUAUUCUUAGGGAAACUUAGGUGCCAGUACAUUUCUUUUACAGCGUGAAGUCAUUCCAGCACUGUAUUUUUGUGUUGACAUUUGUUGGCAGUGUGCUAAGUAAUAUGUUUUUUAAAGUACAGGCUUGAGGACCAUGGUUUACAUCCUGUUGGAAACUCUCCACCUGGGACUUGCAUAUUGUCCCCAGGAGGCUCUCAUACAUACCAUCUUGCCAUCUGUACUGACGAAUAUGUUGUAAUGAAAAGUUUAAAAUGCUCAUUGAAAUUGAAAUAAAAUGAAAAUACAACUAUUUCAUGCUCAGUCAAAAGGUAGCAACACAUUUUCAGUUAAUGUUGAGGAAGUAAGGGCAUGAUUCUCCUUUUGUAUUUGGAAGCAGGUUGGACAGUUGUGAAAAUGUGUUGAGUAUUUUUAGUGCUUUAUUCUGUAACGUAUUUUAACACCAGCAGCUCAGACACAGGUGGUGGCCAUCCUGGAUUACAAGAUACACAGUGAGUUUUUUUUGUUUUUUGUUUUUUUAAAUGAUGGGAAGUUAUAUAUUUUUCUAGAGAGAGAAAAAUUCUUAGAGGAAGUUAAAUUAAGAGAAAAGUGAAAUUCGUUUUAAAUUACUACAUAAAUUCUUUUAUUUAUUCAUAUGUUUAUAUAAAUGUAAUUUGGUGUUUGUCACAUUUGAAACAUUAAUAGUAAGUUAAAAUUCUAAGUAGAAAUAACUUUUAAGAAAGCAUUUAUGCAGGUACAUGUGUAGUCAUCGUACUUUAAAAUUAUGAACUUUUGAAAUUAGCAUACAACUUUUGAAUUUAGUAGUCAGUGAAUAUAUCUAGAAUUAAUGAAUCCAGUUAGCUUUAUUUUUUUAAUUACCAAAAAUUAUAAAUCAAGAGAUUUUGAAAGAAACUACUUUAUCAAUUAAACUUGUAAAAAUUCAGUAUCAGCAUGGAAUUGUAGCACCACCUUGUGGUUUAUAUGCCAGUAUUUUACCUUUUGUUAAGACGUGAUUUCCUGUAAAACAUAGGAUCAUAUUUUCCCUUUGGAAAAACUCAAUUCCAAUUUUAAAAAGAAGUGUUUUUGAAAUUUUCUUUUUGUGCAAGAGAGAAGAAAAAGUCAUCUUCUUUUCUCAUGGUCUCUUUUUCCCCUCCCUCUCUUAUCCUCUGUGUAGUAUACUCGUACACAUAUACCAGUUAGAUGAUUUUAAACAUUUAAAAUUUCCUGAUAAACAUUAAGUGUGCCAAAUAUAAGUUUCUAUUGAAAAUACCAGUAAAAGGUGUCUUAUAUUAUGUAGUGGAAACUUGGAAUUCAAAUUUUUUCAUACUUUUAUCUAACAACUUAAACAGGAACUAGUGAAGUCAAGGCAUAACACCACCGUACAGUUAUACUUACAAAGAAUCCCACUGUACUACUUUGACAACGUAAUCUUUGGGGAAAAAGAAAGCAAAUCUGACUUCAUUGAAGUUAUUGAAGAGAGAGCAAUUAUUUGUUAUUCUAGCUCUCUUAGAAAUAGUAGAAAAAAUUUUCCCUCAUAAGUAAUUAGUAGUUUGUAACCAUAAACCAGCCCCUUUGAUUAACUGGAAGGUCUUGAAAAGGUAAGGGAGGGGAGUCCUGGAGAGAAUAUUUGGAGCUACAUAGUUAAUUAGAAUUUUCUCUAAUUCUAUCCCCUUAAUUCUCCCAUAAGUGGAAUGAAAGGUGUGUAUUACACUGCCCGCAAAGGCGUCAGCAGCUGGUGCGGCCCUGCCUGUACUAGGUGCCGUGAAUACAUCUGGAUAGCGAUCCAGUAGAAACACUAAGAAUGUGUAAGGCCAAGUAAGAAGAUGUAAUGUCAACUAUAUGAAAAUUCUAGGCAAAGCUAAGGACUAUUAAGUUGGAGAAAGUAGUUCAAUAUUUGUUUGUUUGUUUGUUUUACUCUAACACUUUGUAAUGUAAUGUUUUAACAUGUAACACGUUCCCUAAAAAAUAAAAC